UGUAUCAACCUCAGGGUGAAUGAAGAGACUGACCUUUCAUAUGGGACACUGGACCUGCACUGCAGACAAACAUACUUGCCUCACACCCAUUUCUUCUAAAGCAAUAAUGUAUUAGAAUUGUGCCUUUUUUGUGUACAUAUACAACAACAUCAACCAAAGCGCACACUGAGGCACAACUUCUCAGAUAUAAAACCAUAUUUUGUAUAUAAAUAAACGUAAAAGCAUAUUGAAAUUAGACAUGAUUUCAUGAUCUUUAAAGUAAUACACUCAUUUAGAUGGUUUUUAAAUGUUAGCUUCUUGUGUAUAGCCUAUUCGUGUUUUUUUUUUUGUUUUUUUUUUGCAUAAAUGUCCUCUUUAUAUUCUGGUAACUAAACAAAUGUGUGCGCUGAAAUGUGUACGCUUAUGACAAAUUAACAUACUACACUACAUGCCAUAAUAAUAAUAAUAAUACAUUUGCUGGAGUCGGAUAUGUUAGCUGUUAACUAACACUUUUAAAAUUGUAUUUCUAAUAGUCUGACAGCUAUACAGGCUUUUUAUAUAUAUACAUAUAUAUUUGAACCUUGGAGAGAAAGGGCACAAUUACCAAUUUUAUGGGGAGUAAUAGAAAAGUAAUAUAACUAUUAGUGUAACUAAUUACUGUUUUCAGAGAUUAAUUAGUAAAGCAAUAAUAUUAUUUUUGAAAAGAAUAAUGAGUAAUAAAUUAAAUUUUUUCAGUAACCAGCCCAACACAUAACUUUGUGAUUAUAUUGCAUAAGCUGUUUGGAGAGACAAGAUUACAUCAGCAAGUACAACGUUUUUGAGUAUUGAGUAUUUCAUUUGGAGCUGCAACAUGCAAACACUAUAGCAGAGUCCUAACGACUCACUUCUGAUCACUUGGCUUUGUGUGUGCUGGUUCCUGCUACUGGAAAUCUAAAGCUGCUGUAAUUUCCUCUUAAAUUCGAGUCAGAGCUUUUAAUGAGUGAUGAACUGUUCCCUGUAUUUGUCAGUGACCUGUCACGGCCACAGGGUAUCGCUGUAUCCACAAAGACCGGCUGAAAACAGAGCCGCGCGUCCAUGUGACCGGUGGGACCGGUUUAUUAUGCAGAUGAGCUGUGGUGACAGAGGCUUUUACUACUGGAGACAUUGGACUCGGCGGACACACACUGAGAGUCUCAGCUCACAGAAGCAGUCGGGUUUCGCUCUGGAUAUUGUUCAACAGCAAACCGCUCGGAUGUGCAAUAUGACUUUUGAAGAAACCGGUGGAGAUAAUUCUUCAGAAAGGAUGGACUCGGUGGCUAAAGCAUUAGAGGAGGUCCUGAGCUCUGCGUUACCUCAGGGUUGCAUCACUGUUGGAGUCUAUGAGGCAGCAAAGUCACUAAACGCGGAUCCAGACAAUGUGGUGCUGUGUCUGCUGGCCACAGACGACGAUGAGGAGGAUGUGGCUCUCCAGAUUCAUUUCACCUUAAUCCAGGCUUUCUGCUGCGAGAACGACAUCAACAUCCUGCGGGUGAGCAACACCAGGCGCCUGGCAGAAAUACUUGGAGGAGUGAAACCUGGAGGCGAGCCCAUGGACCUGCACUGCGUUCUAGUUACUAAUCCUCAGUCGUCACCGUGGAAGGACCACGCGCUGAGCAAAGUGAACAGAUUCUGCAGAGACAGUCGCUGUUUGGAUCAGUGGGUGCCCGUCAUCAACCUGCCCGACCGAUGAAACCACUUGGAAUAUUAAUGUAUUGUGUGCAUUGGAGAAAAGUAACUGCACAAGGCCUGUGUUAAUGUCUGUGUUGGAUUCCUUUGGAAAGUGCCCCAGAGAGAGAGAGAGAGAGACGGGAGGGGCAGAAAAAAAAGGAAAAGCAAAACGUUCCAAGAAAUUUACCAGGUCAGGGCGAAAUCAUGGGCCAAGGAAGAGUGACUCAGCAGUCUGGGUUCCAGGAUUUCCAAUGUAUGACUGCGCCUUUCUCUACCGAGAAAGAAGCCUUUACAGGAAACUGGAUCAUGUGAGUGGAGGAGCGCACAUGGUGGUGAGCACAAGCGCGGGACAGGGGAAAAGCAGACAGAGAACCCCAGUUGACUCUGAGAACUGGACCAUGCUGAUGUGGACCAGUCAGAACUCUCGGCUUGAAGGACUCCUUGUGAAAAUUUGACCAAAUCUAAGCAUUUCUUUAACAGCACAUUUAUUUAAUAGUAUUUAAGACUUUGACACUUUGAUAACUCAAAAGGGAAACUUUUCAGUUUAUUAUUAUUAUUAUUAUUAUGAUUAUUAUUAUUAUAAUUUAAAGGGCAAUGCAAUGUUUAGACUUGUCCACUAACUGGUGUUUUUAUGUGUUAUUAAUUUAAUUAGUUAUAUUUAUUGUGCAUAGUUCAUGGAAUUCUGCCUUGUUAAGUUGAAUGAAAUAAACAAAACAACCAACAGUUCA